GGCACAAGCUAGUAGUCUCCGACUGUUAGUUCUCUUUUCUAUGUACGUCUUUCGAGAUAUCCCCAAAAAAUUUCCCGUAUGACUCGAAAAGAAAUUGCCACGCCCCGCUGUGGGACUAUCACCAAGUUGGUGGUCAGCAUCGGCAGCGGCGAAACCUUUAUUACUUAUGCAGAUGCCUCAACUCGAUCCUUCUGCGCGAAUCCCUCCUGGUUGAACUUCCAAAACGGGAUGAUGGAGCUGGGUCCAGUAAGCGAACCUAGCCCCCAUGACCAACCCAGUGAGGCGGCUGCCUUCCUGGAGCGACAUUUCGGAAGAAAACCCAAGGUCAGGGCAUCAAUGGCAACUCAUCAGCGCCUUGCCUCCAUGGAUUUGAAAGCAAGGAGCAGUGAAGUGAAUUUUCAGGACAGAGAUGUUGUUAUCUGGCACACCUGGCUGGUGGAGAAGGUGAGGUUUCCGCCAGCUCAGUGUGCGAUCAUCGAGGAAUGGAAAGAUCCCUUCACGGAAACUCUGGGGAGUUGCUAUUGUGCCUGGCACUUGCAGAAUUGCAUGGCCUGGAAGCUUAUCAUAGGAAAUAUAACAACGGAGGCCAAGUGCUUCUGUUUGCGCAUCAAGAAAACCAUGGACAAAGUCAACCACCUCCUUAACACGGAAUUGGAUCCUGGUGAAUCUACUCCCGAAAACGUUUUAAGUGCCACUCAUUUGCUGAAGAAACUGAAUGAUCUUCUUGAGCUCCAGGAGAAACGCAACCGGCGCUACAAAGGCCUCUAUAAGGUGGAGAUAAGCGAAAGACCGCGCAUGGAGUGCUGACCCCUUGAUGUCUGCAUAGAUUGUAUUUACUUUAUUAAAACAUUUCUUCUGUA